AUGAGGGCACUAUCAUUUCUUCCACUCUUGGCAGUGGACAAAUACACUUUCUAUGGUCAACGAAGUAGAUCUGAACAACGAGCAGAUACUCCAAUAGAUCAAAAGGUUGUCUGCUACUCUCGAGCAAUACAAAACUCGAGGAAGACGUCAUUCAUAGCUCCCAGAGGAAGAGAGGAAGUCUCCGUUGAUACCCUAAGGACUCGGACAGAAAAAGAGCAAAAAGAGGACUUUAGUCUGGAUGAUGCCUCGCCUCGCUUCGCCUCGUCUUUUUCAGAAGAGAUCUUGGCAGAGACAUUCCCCGCUAAAUUCAAACUCCCAAGUUUCGAUAAAUAUGAUGGGACAACAUAUUCCAUAAGUCACCUAGUGAUCUUUAAGAUGACCAUGCAGUUUCAAGAUGUCAACGACUUCGUAUUAUGCCAAGGAGCAAUAGCUAUAAAUUUUGAUCACAUGGCAAAAGUACCUUAUGCUUCUGCAGUUGGGACUUCGAUGUAUGUCAUGGUCUACACUAGACUUGAUAUAGCACAUGCAGUGGGAGCUGUAAGUAAAUAUAUGUCAAAUCCGGGGAAAGAGUAUUGGGAUGCUAUGAAGUGGCUUUUGAGAUACUUGAAAGGAAUAACUAGUACAUCAUUUUGUUAUGGGAAUGGUAAGGUACUAUUAAAGGGUUUUGUUGAUACUGAUCUUAGUGGAGAUGUAGAUACAAGUAAAAGCACAUCCGAGUAUGUCUACAAUAUAGAUGGAACAACAGUUAGCUGGACGUCUAAAUUUCAGAAGUGUCUCUAUGUCAUCUACAGAAGCUAA